AGGAGCUGAAGGAAGAAGACAGAACUUGCUUGGAGACAAAAUUUACAAAAUGAUGUCUGCGAAAAUUCUGUUGAAAAUCCUCAUUUUCUCAGCCUGGCUGAGCUUGGCUUUUGGUUUAUCGCAAAGCGACAAGGUAUAGUUGGUACUAAAAUUAUGAUAGGUGAUACAUUUGGUAAAAUUUCUUAUAUAUUUCUCAAAAUUUAAGCCCAGCAGGUUCUCUAUUACUGCGCAUGUAUAUUACGAUUGUGGAUUGUAUAUAUGCACGACACGCGAUUUCUAUAGUAUAGAUACGUCUUAUUUCUUAACAUACGAUCGCAUCUAAUUUACAAUUGCUUAUACUGUUUUGGUUAUACGGAAACAAUUUUAUAUGUGGUUUUAUUUAUAUCGUCAGCUGAAAGCGAGAACUGCCCAUGGGAUCCAUCAAACAUAUGUGUCGCAUAACUAUAUUCUUCAGAUGUAUGUGUGUUAAUCAUGAAAGCAUAUAACAAAUAUAAAAUAUAAAAAAACUUUGAAAAUGAUUUAUAUAUACAGGGUGUCCCAAAACUUCAACUGAGGAGCGUCUCUGAAAAUAAGAGAGUAAAAACCCGCACAUAAAAGAACCACUAUUUUUAUGUCAGGCUCAUCAGGCUAUUUAAGUGGUUCUUAUAUAUAAUAUAUUCGGGUAUUUUAUAGUGAGAAAUCGGGCUGAGUUGGUUCUUAAAACUGUUUCUUUAUAUUUCUAGUCGAAAACAAUUGUUCCUAUAUAUAGUGUGUUGUUUUAAAUUAUUUGUUUCUCUAAUUAUAGUAUAUAAACUGUUGGUCAGUAUUACACGUCGUCUAAUAAUAACUAUUUAAAGGUUUCCGAGUGUCCUCAUUAACCCAACAACAGAUUAUAUGCUUUUCCACUUACAUUGGUAUUAGAUCAAGCAUACACCUGCAAAUACCCGCCUGCCCUCGCUUAGAACAUGCAUUCUAGAGGAUUUUUUUAAGAAUCAGUCUUAUUCGUCAGCCUGAAGUGAUCCUUGUAUUUUGGGUGCUUCAUUUUGCUAAAUUUCAAGCUGUUGCUUCUUAACCCACUGGUCCUUGUAGGCGAGUUUUGCCGCGACGCAAAGGUAUGACCACGCGGUUAAGCGAAAACAUAUCAAUGUGGCUAUAUAUAUGAACUACCGCAACCGUUUAUGUAGUAUAGGUAUAUAGCUUAAUUAGUAGUCACGAUAAAAUGUAUGCGUGCUUCACUCUGACUUCAUGCCAAAAGUAAAAAUCCGUAACUCACAUCAAUGCCGACAUAUAGUAAUACUAUAUACAAAUCAUAUAGUGGGGGCAUUUUUUGGACAUCCUGUACAUGUAAAGUCUCUGUAAGUGUAAUGUAUAUAUACUUUUCCAAGAAAGACAAACAAGUAUAUCAGGUAUAUUUAAGGAGUGCAUCAGCAAUGCGACCUUUCAUUAACUGUUCUGAAAGUUUGCAUUCACUUCAGGAGCAUGCAAACAUACUUUUUUGAAAGGUGAGCUACCUCGUCACAUCUGCUGUGAUCGCUUUGGCAAAAAUGAAGAAACAUUUCAAUGAAAAUAGUUGAACCAUACAGCAGCUUCAAGAAGAAACAGUCAAAACAAUGAGUAAAAUAAUCUGAAACGUGGCAUAAGCCUGACCAUAUUAAGAUAUCUUAAUCUUCGUGUUUGGAUACGAUGAAAUUUGACAACUGUUAAGUAUGUUGACCCAGAUUAUUGAGUUCCUUCAGCAGUAAGAUAUGAUUACUAAUACUUAAUAUAACAUUCUGGGCGUAAUAGGGAAUUAAAUAUGCAGUAUAUAUAUAUUGGCUUGUUAUAAUCCCAAAUAUAUACCUAAUCUUUCUUCGUCAAUAACUUACUACGCAUUUCACUGAUAUGUGCAUUCCGCAUUUUUUCUCGCUUCCGACGCAGGCUUGGUCACAAAAUUUGGCGCCUUUUCAAGGCCUGCGUCGAACCAUAGACAAUCCAGAAGACAUGUCUUCUGGAUUGUCUAUGGUCGAACGUCGUUCGGAAGCGAGAGAAAAUGCGGAAUGCACAUAUCAGUGAAAUGCGUAGUAAUUACACUGGAAAAACUGAUAGUGAAAUUCAUACCAUGGAAUUCAUACCAUUGAAGAACAGAAAAUGUCAGCAGAAUAAGAAAACACCAGACGAGGCACCACUGCAUCUCUGGGAAUGGCCAGGCCAGCCAUGGUCACAAGUUUAUAUAGAUUAUGCUGGAGCGUACAAAGGAGAAAUGUUCCCUGUGCUAAUGCAUCAGUCAAAUCCAAGCGUGCCCAUGCCCCCGAGGCAUUUCCUGCCGAAACGCCGAAGAAAGUAUUCUCUUUAUUUUCAGGUAGUUAGAUAACCUACUCUUCUUAGCCAAACAGUCCAGCUGUCCCCGGGGAGGGCGAUUUGCUACUGACUUUUUGCCCCGCUGCAGGGCAUUUUCACGUGUUUUUUAUCCCCGCCCCCGGGAAUUUGUCGCAUACUUUCGAGAAUUGUCAAAAGGUCGGGGGUUUCCUGAUGAGAUGGGCACGCUUGGAUUUGACUGAUGCAUAAUAGAUGUCUAUUCAAAGUUGGUGCAAUUACACAUGAUGAAGUCAAUUACUUCUACAGCUACAAUGGAAAAGUUAAGAGAAAUCUUUGCGACCCAUGCACUACCCAAGACAGUCGUUAGUGACAAUGGGACUAACUUUUUAAGCAACGAAUUUGAGCUAUUUAUGAGUCAGAAUGGCAUUGAACAUAUUAAAGUAUCACCGUAUCAUCCAGGCCCUAAUGACCAAGCAGAGCUGGCAGAGCGGGAAGGAAUAGCGAAAAUGGAAGGAGCCUAAAAAUCAAGCUGGUUAGAUUUCUUCUCAAGUGUCGUAUUAUCCCACAUUCCACCACGGGAGUUCCACCGGCUCAGUUGUUGAUGAAUCGGAAAUUACACACCCAAUUGGACCUACUCCACACAAACGUUGGUGACCGAGUCCUGGAAAAGCGAACACAACAAAAAUCAUCCCAUGAUUAUCAUGCUAAUGGGAGAUACAAGUGGAUGACACAGCUUAUAUCAAAGAUUUCAGACGUCCAUGCAAAAUCUUGGAUGUCGGGAACUGUGGUUGAGAAAACUGGUCCUGAUUCGGCUAAAGUGAGUCUGAGCACUGGUGAAAUAAUGCGAAGACAUUAAUUGGACAAUGGAAAUCAGUAGAGUUUUUAAGGCCAAAUGUAUUGACUUAUAAAUACCGGUCUAUUUUUUUCGGGAUUUCCCAGACUACCAGCCCAUGCAAAACUAUAUUCCUCUGCAAUAAACAUAAAUAACUAACUAUAUAUGUGCUCUAUAAAUAGCACGGCCAACAGACGAAAAGUUUGAAAAUGAUUUAACUAUACAGGAUGUCCCAAAAAUGCCACUUCACUUUCAGUGGUGGUAUUUCUAAUCUCUCAAUUAAAUCUUAUUCUAGUUUGAGAAAUUGAAGAAACAAGUCAAAAGGCAAGGGAGUAUGAUUAAAAAGCUGGAAGUAGAAAUCCAAUGUAAGAAAACGAAAAGAUCAAUAAGCGUAUACAUUGUUAGAGUUAUAGAAAAUAAGGCUAUAUCACAAUUUUAUUAAACCGUAGCAAGGAGGUUGCAAUUUAAUUUAAAGUGUUAAAAAUUUGCUUCUAUACUAAUACAUGCAGCUAAACUAAAAAACACUACAGAUAUUUACUCCUUAAACACUACAAAUAUUUAUAUUUACUCCUUUGCUUUGCUUAAACAAGCUGAUUAAUUAAGAUCAGGAAAAGUUCUCUAUAGACUCUUGCCAAACUCUAACACCCAAAUGUAAUAUCCAAGUUCCAAACAUGAAUCUCUGUAGAUGAGUAAUGAUACGCAAUUGAUAAAUGCGAGCAUCAAACAGUGUUAUUAUAAUACUAUAGCCUAAUUAAUGUGCACUCGUCGUUUUAGUUUCCAAUCGCGAUUUUACUGGACGUGUAUAGAAAACAAUUUUGUUUGUUGCUAUAUAUGCUGUUUUAUGUCUGCGGCUUGCAAAGUAUUAUUCCGUUUAAACUGCUUAUUUGCAGUGGAUUACAUUGCCCGCCUCCAUUUCAAGCUGUUGUUUCGUGUGCACUCAAGCAAAUUUGGGAAGUGUCUACUGAUAUCCACAUCUACCCUUAUGUACCCAGAAGAGUAUUACGAACGCGCGUCUCAGGAAUUAUUUUCGAGUUUAACAGCUUUCAAUACAAACGAAAAAUUAUUAUGUUUUAUAGAUAUUUUGAAGCGUUUCGACAGGUUACACAAGCAGUCUUGUUCAGCUUUGUCGCUAAAGCACUCAUCAACAACCGGUGGAAUGUAUUAUUUAAAUCCUCUUGGACUCAGUUCAUCGCCAUUGGUUCACCUAUACUGUGAUAUGACGUCAAAGAAUGGUGUUGGUGUGACGGUGAUUGGACAUGACAGUGAAUCAACGACACUUGUGAAUGGAUAUGAAUCUCCAGGUUCUUACAGACGAAAGAUUAAAUAUGAUAUUUCCAUGGAACAGAUCCUUGCCAUUGUGAAGCAGUCCAAGAAUUGUGAGCAGUUUAUAAAAUAUCAAUGUUAUAGCAGCGGUUUUUGGUUUUACUCUACACAUGAUAGUUGGUGGGUAUCACGUCAAGGUUCGCGGAUGAAUUACUGGGGCGGGGCGGCAGUCAACAGUGGAAAAUGUGCAUGUGGAUUGACCAACAGCUGUGCAGGUGGAGGAAAAUGUAAUUGUGACGCGAAUGACCGGACAUGGCGUGAAGACAGUGGAUAUCUGACUGACAAGAGCACACUGCCUGUUACUGAGAUGAGAUUUGGAGAUACCGGUGCGGGACAUGAGAAAGGAUACCACACACUGGGAAAAUUGCGAUGUUGGGGUUAGGAUAGAAGAGCGGAUAAUACAUGAACUGAAACGUUAUCACUUAGCAUAAGUAGUAUAGAACGCGUCUUUGGUAAAAGUGUCAAUCAAAAAUAGUUUAACACAAAAGUAGAACUUAUAGGACAUAAUUAUCACUAACAAUAUGCGCACUGUGGGUGGUUACUGACUGCAUGUUCACUUCGCGCUACAUAUUCAACGUUAGUACUUAGUACUACGCUUAAAGAUGCUGUAAAGUCCGUUCUGCUCUUAACAAAGGGGGACCCGCAGAUAUAAACAUUGCCAAAUUUUUGCAUUUUUCGAACUUUUUUGAAUUGAAACGUAGAGUUUAUUCAUUUACAAGCAUAGCAAACCAGAAAAGUGUUAGAUAUUCAGUUAGUAUAUCAUAUUUUACAAAUAUACUAGCAGUUCAAAAUGUAAACAAAGCGUUUGUUUACAUUAUGGACUUUACAGAUCUUUAUUAAUAUUAAUAAUAAUCAAUAUCAAGCCUCUUAUAUCAUAUCAAACUAUAUAAAAACUUAAAAAUAGGAAAUCUGCUUUAUGUUUAAGUAGAAUGAAUGAAAA